CAUUCCACGUUUUAGGAACACUGACUGUGAAAAAAAUAUUUAAAUUGUGUUUUGUGACAAUCUGAGGAGAAUCCAAGCGAAAAAUAUUUUUUAAUAGAAGAUUUUCUACGCCCGUGGACCAGCACACUGGAAGAAAGUUACGCGAUAUUAAAAAUUCAUCGUAUAUUAAAUUAAUUGUUUUGAACACGAAAUAUAAGGACAAUUUACAGCGCCACUUUAAAAACUUAUUGAUACAAAUAAUUUUCCUCACGUAAGAAUGACCAAAAAUGCUUUCUGCCCCGGGAAGAAGUAUUUAAGUGUCGGGAAGUAGCGGGAACUUCGAACAUUCUCGUACAGGAGAAAUUAAUCGCGUACGAGUUCAGAGAACUUCGCUGCGUCAUUGUGUAAUGAGAUUAGACCUGUCCGCUUGACACUGCAGAUUCUUGUGAUCUCGUUGUGAUGGCUACUAGGGGUAAAAUUGAAUUGUGCGGGAUGAAACGGCUGUAUUCUGUUUAAUUUUUUUUUCUUGAAAAGCGUCUGGAAAACCUCGAAAUAGCCGACACCAGCGAAAAGUCGAGCUGGAUAACUUGCGACCAUUUUUCCGGAUUAAACCCACGAUGGCAGCAGAGUAGACAGCAUGAUGUCUCGGUCCUUCCUAGUGGAUUCUUUGAUCGGCAAUCCAUCCCCCGUUCCCACCAGGCAGUGCCCCCAAGGGGUGCCUGCGUUACCCCCAGCGGCGACACCACCGUUCAGCAGCUACCUAUUCUCUUUGGGUCUGUCCCGUCCGCCUGUAUACGGGGCCCCAAAAGUGGGGUUCCCCUCGGGGUACCCCCUGUACUGCAAUGUCACCAGCGUCGUCAGACCGAUGACGAGGCCCCACGAAGUCACGGCGACGUCACACAACACUCCACCAGAGACGCAGGUGACGUCAUGCUCGCCGAUCAGUGGCGGCGCGACCACAACGAGUCGCAGCCCGAGCCCCGUGUUGGCUCGCCAGAAGUCGAACAGUGGCGGCUCGUGCAAACGUAUACGCACGGCUUUCACGAGCACUCAGCUCCUGGAGCUGGAGCGAGAGUUCGCCGCCAACAUGUAUUUGUCGCGCCUGCGCAGAAUUGAGAUCGCGUCUUGCCUCAGGCUCUCGGAGAAACAGGUUAAGAUCUGGUUCCAAAACCGACGUGUUAAAUACAAGAAGGAAGAGGACGGUUCUGGGGUACAGGGACCCCGAUGUUGCUGUCUCAGAACUUGUUCCACCGCUAACAGGAAGCCGGCGUCUCGCCACAGUCAUAGCAGCAAUACGCAUGCGCAAGAUUCAUGACGCGAAGUAUUUUGUGUCGAACAGGGAACUUUGGGAUUCCCCUCAGUGCGGGAGUGUCUCAGAUGUUUGCCUUCGCAUGACUUCUGAAUUGUCCUCUGUGUGAACAUUUAACACGAAAUAGGGGAAAUAUGAAACGGGAAAAUAAAUGAAGGCCCCGGUCCCCUUGAAUAGGGGGUUAGGUGGGCCCCAGCGCCGGUUUGGUUACAAUUCUGGCGAAAGUAAAAAUUCAUUUCUAUUUCCGGAAUAGGAACCCUGGUCGCACAGCCCCGUAGCCUUUCAUUUUAUAGACUUUCUGUCCCGUCUCCGUUCGGCACAGAAUAAUUUUAAUACAAUUAUUCGUAUCAGAUACGAACAAAGCUGUAGAAUUUCUACGAAUUUAUCAAGAUAGAAUUAUUUUUAUACGUUUAACAAAGGGGCAGAUGUUUUCUGUCUGCGCCAGAUCGUCCAAAUACUAAACUCUAAAUCUUGAACUGACGGAAACAAUGGAUUUGUGAACAAUAAUUUUCGUUUAGUCGUCCUGAAUAUACUGUUGACACUUAAUGAAACAUUUCUGAACGAUACACAUUGUGACAGACGACUGUCGUGUUGCCAUGCCAGCGUGUGAUUUAUGAAGUGCUUUAGUUUAUUUAUUUAUUAAUUUAUGUAUUUAAUGUUACAAUGUGUGAAACAUAAAACUGUCACUCUAAGAAGUCACGUGCCUUUGUGAUGUAAUUAUGUUUUAUUUUUGUAUCUGAUAAAUGUAAUUUUUCGUAUUUAUAAAGAAGCAGAUUCUACUAA